AUGGUGCAAGUCAAAAUGUCCAAAUCGUCUGCAGACCCACUGGCUGCUGUUGAAACCAGCUCACAGUCUCACUAUUUUCAGCUACCAAGGAAGUUGCCCAAGAGGAAGAGCCGUUUCAAACGUUCAGAUGGCAGCACAUCCUCAGACACCAAUUCCAGCGUCAUCAAACGACAGGGGUCGGCUGAUUCAUAUACCAGUAGACCGUCGGAUUCCGACCUGUCAGCGGAGGAGGACCGCGAGGCGUAUCGGCGUGAAGCCGAGCGCCAGGCUCAGCUACAGCUCGACAGAGCUAAGUCCAAACCUGUAGCAUUUGCAGUGAGGACGAAUGUGAGUUACUGCGGAGCUCUGGACGAGGACUGUCCAGUCCAAGGUGCUGCAGUCAACUUUGAUGCCAAAGACUUCUUGCACAUUAAGGAGAAGUACAACAAUGACUGGUGGAUUGGUCGGCUGGUGAAAGAGGGGGCAGACAUCACCUUCAUCCCCAGCCCCUUACGUCUGGAGGCCAUGAGACUCAAACAGGAGCAGAAACAGAGGAAAACGGGAGGGAACUCUUCAUCCAACCUGGGUGACAUGGUGUCGGGCAGCUGGAGGACCACACCACCAUCUGUGGGUGAAUCUAAACAGAAGCUAAAACAGGCUGAGCACGUUCCUCCCUAUGAUGUGGUGCCGUCUAUGAGACCAGUGGUCCUGGUGGGGCCUUCCCUGAAGGGCUAUGAGGUGACAGAUAUGAUGCAGAAAGCUCUCUUCGACUUUUUAAAACACAGAUUUGAGGGACGAAUCUCCAUCACACGAGUAACAGCAGACCUCUCACUAGCCAAGAGAUCUGUCCUGAACAAGAGGCCCAUCAUGGAGCGGUCCAAUACGCGCUCCAGUAUAGCGGAGGUUCAGAGUGAGAUAGAGAGGAUCUUUGAGCUGGCUAAGACCUUGCAGUUGGUGGUACUGGAUGCAGACACCAUCAAUCACCCAGCCCAGCUAGCCAAGACCUCCCUGGCUCCCAUCAUCGUCUACGUCAAAGUGUCUUCUCCAAAGGUGCUCCAGAGACUGAUCAAGUCCAGAGGGAAGUCUCAGAGUAAGCACCUGAAUGUGCAGAUGAUGGCUGGGGAUAAACUGUCUCAGUGCCCACCUGAUAUGUUUGAUGUCAUUUUGGAUGAAAACCAAUUGGAAGACGCUUGUGAGCACUUGGCUGACUAUCUAGAUGUUUACUGGCGUGCCACUCAUUUGCCCGGCACCACCCCCCUCAAUCCCCUUUUGGACCAGAGCCUGAUGACUCCACCCUCAGCCAUCUCUAGCUUACAGAACCAGCCCCAGCAGCCCCCCCGGGGGGUGGGGGGUGAGGACGAGGAGCCAGUGGAGGACGCCCACUCCCCCCUGGAGCAGGACAGCCUGAUGCCAUCUGACGAGGCCAGCGACUCUCUGUCCCGCGGCCGGAGGGCCAGCCCACACCACCAGGGAGAUGAGGACUUUGAAGAGGAGGAGGAGCAGGAGGAGGAAGAUGAAGAGGAAGAUGAGUAUGCAUCUCCCGUCCACUCCCACACAUAUAGGGACAUGUACCCCCCACAUCGCGGGCACCCAGGUAGCAUCCACAGUGCCAACGGGCAUGAGUCGCAGGACAGGCUGCUUCAACGCGAUGCCCAGCAAGGCCACAACCAGCGCAACAACCGCCAGCGCAGCCGCCCCUGGCCCCGAGACAACUACUGAGCCAGUACAUGGCCACUAGAUCACCAACACAGCUAUGGCUUGGCCCUCAGACAACUACCUACACUGCCCUGACCAUCUUCCAAACUCUACAGUACAUGCUCAGUAAUAGGAGACAUAGUGUGUACCAUCCUGGCCACAAAACCCCCACUCUGCAGGUCUGCUCCUUUCCCAACCUCCAUCCCCAGCUUUAUCAGCCUACUAACACCAAAACACUGCAAACACAAUUGACCUGAGAACCACAGUCUUGAAUUUGCCUAUCGAUCUAUCUAUCGAUCUAUGUAUCUAUCUAUCUAUUAAAUUUAGAUUUUCAAUCACUAAAAAAUAUCUACUUUAAAACUGCCCAGUCGGACUGAACAUCUGGUAAAACUCUUUACAGAAUUAAUUUUAUUUUUAUGGCUGGCACCUUUUCCACUCAUACUCUUCCAGAUACUUCAUUUAUUCAACAUGGGGACCGAUUUCCUCUAUGAGGUUCUGUAUAUCAGAUUCAGUCUACAGGGCUACUCACCUACCAUGGACAUGUUUCAGGCUGCUACUGUAGCUGUAUGUCAACUCCAUUAGCUGCUUCACUAAGGUUUAUGUGUUGUAUGAUGAAGACUAUAUUACUGGCCUUAAAUCCCUUCAUGUAUCUUUAUUAUGGCAUGUUUAAAUAUGAUUAUGUUAAGAUAUUUGCACAUUAAGGUCAGAACAGGAACAGAAGGAUAUUUAAGGAAAAACAAAUGUAGAAAUGUUUGCUCAUUAAUAUGGGAAAUAAUAAUGCAUCCAAAUAUAGUGUAUAUACUGAAUGGGCACGGGAAGUAUUUUCUCAAUUUUAUUUAUAUGUUUGUUGAAUCUUUUCAAUAUGAACAUCAUGUUACUUGUUUCAGAGAAAUGUGUUCAGUUAAAUUAUUGAGAAUGUUUUGGAAGAAAUACAGGUAUUUCAGAGUCUAUAUGGUUAACUACUUUUA